AUGAACCAGAGCUACAAAGCUCGAAAAGAGGCUUUCGUGUCGAACCUCGAGGGAGGAAGUAUUCUAGAGGUUAUUGCUGUCACUUUGGUAGCACCAGCUUCGGUUUUCUUGUGGUCGGUGCUCCAGUCCCGUCUAUCCUUCUUUACGCCCUACAGUGCCGCGGCGCUUGUCACCGAUUUCUUGCUGAACGUUUUGGCAAUUCUCUUUGCAACUACACUCUACUCCUCCACGCCAUGGACCCUGAAUAUCCUUUUAGUAUCUCCGGCUCUCCUGCUGCUGGUGACCUCGACGCCGCCCCGCACCCAGCAGAAGGCGAAACCACCUCGUCCAUCUACUGUAGCUGACAAGACCUCGAACCAUGCGACCGACGAUUCCGGAUCCCUUCCAAUCCAUCCCUUUCUCACAACCUACCGCGCUGCAAUGAUGAUUGUCACAUGCGUCGCUAUAUUAGCUGUUGAUUUCCCCGUCUUUCCCAGACGGUUCGCCAAGGUGGAAAACUGGGGUACCUCGCUCAUGGAUUUGGGUGUUGGUUCUUUUGUCUUUUCAGGGGGAGUGGUUUCUGCCCGCUCCUUACUCAAAGGUCGAAAAGACCCCUCUACUAAGCCACCUCUGGUGCAGAGAUUGGCCGGCUCCAUGCGACAUUCAAUCCCUCUGCUGGUGCUGGGGUUGAUACGAUUGUAUAGCGUCAAAGGCCUCGAUUAUGCCGAACAUGUGACGGAAUACGGUGUCCAUUGGAAUUUCUUUUUUACAUUGGGACUUCUGCCGCCAUUUGUGGAGAUCUUCGAUGGCUUGGCUAACUUUGUCCCCUCGUAUGAGCUUCUUGCCCUGGGGGUUGUGACCGUGUAUCAGGUGGCACUUGAGUCUACUGAUCUGAAGAGCUAUAUUCUUGUUACCCCGCGCGGCCCAGACCUACUCUCUAAGAACCGCGAGGGGGUUUUCUCCUUCUUGGGAUAUCUGGCAAUAUUUCUGGCGGGUCGUGCGGUUGGUGUUCGUAUCAUUCCACGCGGGACGUCCCCUUCGAAAUCGCCGCAGCAAGCUCGAAAGGGCUUGCUUGUAAGCUUAGCGGUCCAGGUAAUUGUCUGGACCGGGCUUUUCAUAUUGAACUCCACGUAUGUCUUGGGAUAUGGGGCCAAUAUCCCGGUCUCCCGUCGGCUGGCCAACAUGCCGUACGUUCUCUGGGUGUCUGCGUUUAAUAUCGGGCAGCUUUUCAUGUUCUGCGCUCUAGAGACGAUGUUCUUUCCCUUUGUCUACCGGGCAUCCGGGAAAAGCGGGGAAGCAGAAAGGAUGUCCUUCGCAACCAGUCGCAUUAUGACUGCGUAUAACAAGAAUGGACUGGCAGUCUUCCUAGUGGCGAACCUCUUGACAGGCACGGUUAACCUGAGCGUUCCUACGCUUGAUGUCAGUCUCCCACAAAGUAUGGCAAUUCUUAUUGCAUACGCCGCCAUCACCACCAGUAUUGCCCUGGGGAUGCUAAAGGCGAACAUCAAGCUGGUCCUAUGA